UAAAAAUGUCAUCUUUAUUUAUCAUUAUCUCAUCGUAUCGUAUCGCAUUGAAUCUUAUUGUAUCUUAUCUUAUCCUAGUAUGUAAAUGUAAAUUGAUUAAUUAAAAUCAUAGUUCAAUGCUGGAUGAAUUAACUCACAGUGAUAUAUGAAUUUAAUAUUUUUUUUUAAAUAAAAAAAAACUUUUUCCAAUUAAUAAAUAACAGGCGUAUAACCUCUAUUCUGCAUAUUGAAAUAUUUAAAAAAAAAUGAAAAUGUAAAAAAAUAACUUAACAAACAGUUUGACUGUGUAGAAACUGUAAUGUUCCCAUUGAUGUUGCUACAUGCUAUUUGCAUGUACAUUUAGUGUUGAUAUUUUUAUCUUCUACUAUAUAUACAUGUCUAUUUUUGGAUUGUACACAACAGUCAGCUCAGCUUUGUUGCACAAACACACUUUGCCAUUUUGUUUUUGAUUCUAGUUUAGCGAAGUCCUGUCUAAUCUUAUUUUGAAGGUGACACAGCUUGACAUCCGGUAUCUUCCUCCUUCUCCUUCAUGAGCUUGACGCGCCAUCUUGUCCGCCCUGCCCGUCCUCAGCGAACUCUCUCCGGUUCUCUGUUCGCAAGUUUGGGCGUGUUCCGCUCCGGUUCCUCACUUCAUCUUAAACGGACACUUCACCGUGAAAACGGGACGUUAACGUCUUCCGGUGGCUCGUCCUGUCCCCGGUUUGCAGCCGUUACUGUUGUUUCUGACAGUCCCCGGGAGAAGCUGACUUUCUAGCGGACCGGUAAACUCCGCUGACAGCGUCCAUGCUGAUCCCCACACAGAAACACAGAGCUUCCUGCUGACCAAACACUCCCAGCUCCCAUGAGGCCGAGCAGGAACAUCUGUUUCUCUGGAGUGUGCUCAAACAGCUUCUCUCAGCAGGGCCAGGUCUGGGAUGAGCCUGGGGGAGUGUAGUGUCAGCAGGAGGCUGCUGUCUGCUGCCAUGAAGCCGCCCUGCUCUGUCUACUGCUGCCUGUGGUUCCUCCUGCUGCUGGGAGCUGGAUCUCUGCUGCUGCUGGUCCACCUGCAGGACCUGACCGACACCGUGCAACAGCAGACCCCAGGUGUGAACGUGCUGGUGGCUCCCAGGUGGCCUGUAGAGAAGGACAUGGAGAGCGACGGAGUCUCAGCUGCAGAGCAGAGUGACGGAGGUGGCGGCGUGAGGUCAGAGGUCAUUGACCUCAGACCGGAGCAGGCGUCUGCCUCUGCCGCCGAGUUCGACGACUCUGCGGUUGCGUCCAAACAGCCGGUCACCAAACGUCACAGGAAGCUGCUUCUGAAGAGCAGCCUCACCGCCUCCGGCGCCUCCGCUGGUGGAGAGGAGGAGCAGCAGCUGAAGCUGGCUAGGACGCAGGAAUCCCGCCGCCGCCUGCUGAGCGAAGUCUGUACCAAAUACCACCCGGGCGUCACAGAGCAGCCGGUCUCCCAGCGUCAGGUGUCGCGGGUUUACGUGGAGGACCGGUCCCAGCUGCUGUACUGCGAGGUGCCCAAAGCCGGCUGCUCCAACUGGAAACGGGUGCUGAUGGUACUGGGCGGCAGCGCCACCUCCACCAGAGACAUACCUCACGACGCGGCACAUUACGCCAACCACCUGCGGCGGCUGGAGAGCUACGACCGCGCUGGCAUCGCAGAGAGACUCCGCUCCUACACCAAGGUGCUGUUCGUCAGGGAGCCCUUCGAGCGCCUGGUGUCAGCCUUUCGGGACAAGUUUGAGAGUCCGAACUCGUACUACCACCCCGUGUUCGGACGCCCCAUCAUCUCCAGAUACCGCACCAAUGCUACACGCACCGCACUGCGCACCGGCGCCGGCGUCACCUUCAGGGAGUUCGUCCAGUACCUGUUGGAUGUGCAUCGGCCGGUGGGGAUGGACAUCCACUGGGAGCCGGUCAGUCAGCUGUGUAACCCCUGCCUCCUCAGCUACAACUUCAUCGGGAAGUUCGAGAGUCUGGAGGAAGAAGCCAACUUCCUGCUGCAGAGCGUGGGCGCGCCCAGGAACCUCACCUUCCCCGCUUUCAAAGACAGGAACCCCCUGGCUGAGAGGACUUCCUCCAUAAUCACCCAGAAAUACUUCUCACAGCUCAACGCCACGGAGCGGCAGAAGGCCUUCGACUUCUACUACAUGGACUACCUGAUGUUCAACUACCCCAAACCCUUCAAAGACCUGCACUGAGCAUCAGGCACGAACCAUAAUGCACUGCAGCGCUGCCAUGUUGAACACAGCGGACUGUCAGAGCUGAGCUCUGGGUGAUGACAGGACCAUGGCUGCAGGAUGUUUUAAUGCUGCAGUCACUGAGACUGAGACAGAUGUUUCUGAUGUUUCUGGGUCCAGAUGUUUUCCCAGAUCAAGGUGUUUUCUUCUGGGUUUUAAAUCUUUCUGUCGUGAUGCAGUUUCAUGUUUCAUCAGAAGGCUUUGUUUGUCAAACCAUUUCAAACAGGAAGUGACAGUUUUUAUAGAACUCAAUGUACAGAUUAACGCCUGAACACCAGCUGUGUCCACGUGACGUCCACAUGACGACCACAUGACGUCCACUCAGGUUGUUUAUUUAUGUGUUUGUUUUAUCAGAUUUUUUACGGUGACAUCUUGAGAUGUUUUGUUUUGUCUGACCAACAGUUCAGUCAGUUCACUGUCACAUGAGACAGAAGAAGCACAAAAGACACUUUGGAUAAGUUGUGAAUUAUUCUUCGACAGAACUGCGCAUAAACCUAUCAGACAAGCUAACGUUUCACAGAGGCUAACGUUCACAAAGAAGCUAAAUGCUAACAGAGAAGCUAACGUUUUUGCAGAGAAGCUAACAUGCUCACAGAGAAGCUAACGUUCACUGAGAAGCUAAUGCUCACAGAGAAGCUAACGUUUUUGCAGAGAAGCUAACAUGCUCACAGAGAAGCUAACGUUCACUGAGAAGCUAAUGCUAACAGAGAAGCUAACGUUUUUGCAGAGAAGCUAACAUGCUCACAGAGAAGCUAACGUUCACUGAGAAGCUAAUGCUCACAGAGAAGCUAACGUUUUUGCAGAGAAGCUAAUGUUCACAGAGAAGCUAACAUUCACAGAGAAGCUAACGUUUUUGCAGAGAAGCUAAUGCUCACAGAGAAGCUAACGUUUUUGCAGAGAAGCUAAUGCUCACAGAGAAACUAACGUUUUUGCAGAGAAGCUAAUGCUCACAGAGAAGCUAACGUUUUUGCAGAGAAGCUAAUGCUCACAGAGAAGCUAACGUUCACUGAGAAGCUAAUGCUCACAGAGAAGCUAAUGUUCACAGAGAAGCUAACGUUCACUGAGAAGCUAAUGCUCACAGAGAAGCUAACGUUCACUGAGAAGCUAAUGCUCACAGAGAAGCUAACGUUUUUGCAGAGAAGCUAAUGUUCACAGAGAAGCUAACAUUCACAGAGAAGCUAACGUUUUUGCAGAGAAGCUAAUGCUCACAGAGAAGCUAACGUUCACUGAGAAGCUAAUGCUCACAGAGAAGCUAAUGCUCACAGAGAAGCUAAUGCUCACAGAGAAGCUAAUGCUCACAGAGAAGCUAACAUGCUCAUCUUCCAUGUUUACAUUCACAUCACAAACUGUAACAGUGUCCAGACACAAACACAAGACUCAGACUUCUCCUUUGUUCAUCUUCAGACGAGCUUCAGGAAGAGACUCAGCUGGGACUGAACUGUCGUCUCCUGAUGAGACAUGUGGACAGGUGACACAGCUGGUGGACAGGUGAGGAUCUCUGUCAGCGGGACAGUGGUGAAGCUGUGGUCAUGUGGUUGUCAUGUUGUUGAUGGACAGAACACUGAAGGUUUGGUUUGCUGACUCUUCGUCUUCGCUCUGACUCUCUUUGCCAAACUGACGCGACCUCACCUCUGAGCCUUAACACUGCCAUCUCACCUGCUGCGAUACGUCAGCUCUUUGUUUUUCUGAAUACAAAUAAAGUGUGAGAGUCUUGUUCUUAA